UACGGCGCGAGCGUUGACUUAUUAUUUGGAUGUCUCAGCAGAAUGCACAAGGAGAAUCAUUAGUACUGAGGGAACGGUGCGGGCAAUCUGCAAUCGAUUAAUGGUGGCAUCUCUGGACAGCCAAACCGGAAAGGAUCUCGCUGAACAGUGUCUAAAAGUUUUAGAACACAUGAGCACUCGCGAUUUGUCUGCACUGCUUGAAGCAGGUGCCCUGAACGCGAUUUUGGCUUUUAUUAGAAAUUUCGGAUCAGUCGUUCAUAAGGAUGCGCUUAAGUCAGCAAUGACUGUUGUUUCGCGUCUCUGCUCGAAGAUCGAACCAGCCGACACAAACAUGAAUGCUAUUGUCGAAUCGCUGACGGAGCUGCUGAAACAUGCCGAUGGAUUAGUGUCUGGAAGUUCUCUGAAGUGCUUUGCGUCAUUGGCCGAUCGGUUCUCUCGGAAGAACGCAGAUACCUGCAUUUUAACGGCAUUUGGUCUGGGUGAAAUACUAAUACAAAGGCUCAUAAGCAUGCCCAGAAUGGGGCGAUCUCUGGUGCCAGGGAUAUCAACAGACGCAACUCAAAAUUCGAUGGCGCACGGGGUUUUGAAUUUGUUGCAAGUUUUGGUCCGGUCGUCGUCAUCGGUUUGUCAGGAUUUAUGCAAAUGUCCCGAAUUUUUCAAAGCUGUCGAAGUUUGUAUGGGAAGCGAUGAUCGGUCUAUCUUGGAGACAGUUCGAUUCGUGGAUCUUCUUAUCGUUGUACUUUUUGAGGGACGCAAUCAUCUUCCUCGAUCUGUCCCGGGAUUGAUGGGCCGGCACUCAUUGCGGCGCUUUGAUCCACUGAGCGGCAAUGAUCGUCCUAAUCGCCAUGUCAUCGAAAGCAUUAGAGGAAAAGACUAUGACGCUCUUGUGGAUGCAGUCGAGAAUGGUGUCGACGUCAAUACCAUGGAUGACGUUGGUCAGUCCUUAUUAAACUGGGCCGCGGCUUUUGGAACACAGGAGAUGGUGGAAUUUCUAUGCGAAAAUGGAGCCGAUCCCAACAAGGGCCAGCGGUCUUCAUCCUUGCACUACGCAGCAUGCUUUGGUCGUCCAGGGAUAGCAAAGGUGCUGUUACAACACGGUGCGGAUCCGACUGUCAAAGACGAAGAUGGCAAAACCUCUCUUGAAAAGGCCAAAGAACGGAACGAGGAUGGCCAUAAGGAAAUCGUAAAAUUAUUAACGAUCUCUGAAUCUCAAGAAGAAAAGGAUAAACCUCGAACGAGCGAAGCCGCUAAAAAAAUUGUGGCGAGCUCAAAAGAGAAGAAGGGUGAAAAUCCUGAGAAAGGAUGUGAAAUUGCAGAGAAUUUGCUCCCUUUAUUUACGCGAACUGGAAUUGCUUCUCUAACAGCCUCUGUUAGGAAAUCUUGUGCCAGUGCUGUUGAGAAAAUGCUUUUGUUUAUGCCAAGCGCUUCAUUGAACGCCUUGGUCCGGCAGGAGCAGUUGCUACAAGACGGCCUGAUUAUAUCCUUAGUGAAAUUCUUAAGCAUAUUGCUGAAUAAUGAUGGGGAUAGUGAAAGUACCCUUUUGGGUCUGAGUUUAGCUGAUACUUUGAUGAGUAAAUGCCGUGAAUUGGUUGCGGACAGUUUGUAUCGAACCGGUGUUGUGGAUCAGAUUACAUCUUUAGCUGCGGAUUACAAAAUUCAGUCCGAUACACAUCCCAGUGCAACGGGCGAGUGUGGAAAAAUCACGUUGACUGGAGCAACUUGCUACAAAUUUGGAGAUUGGUUUUUUCUGUCAUCGAAAGAGGCCGUUUACGUUUGGAGCGAUGCCAUCAUUUUGGAAUUUCCGCAACAAGAAUACAUGAUGCCCCUGAUAUUCGCUAACGGCAAGUUGAGUGCCAUUACGCACUUUCCAGCUAGCGUGGACCAAAAUGUUGAUGUCGAUGGUAUUGAUGAAUUUGGUCGCUGGACCGAUGGCACCGAAUUCUUGGACAAUUUUUCAAACGUUACAAAAAAAGUCAAAACCGGUGGGAAGGUGCAGGCCCUUACUUUAAUGUCCUCUGAGCACAUGCGCAAUGGCCUGUGGGAACUGACUUGUGAAGAGACAAAAAUUCUGAAGGUGGCGGAUAGUAGUGCGACAUUGCAGAUUCAACUUCGCUCCGAUUCAAAAGACACUGUUUUCCAUGUGGGUCUCGAUAAAAGUAUGACAGCUUUGUCUGCAACAUCAAAAAUCCAUGGCACUGAUGGACACGAAGUCGAUUUAUCGGUUCUCUCGGGAGAUAAAAUAAAAACCGAAGGCGAUAAAAUUGGUCUGAAGCACGUUGGUAAAGUUGCACAGGAAGUUCAGCGAAAAUAUUUCACGGAAUCUCAACCUGUUACAAGUGGACCUGUCGCACAGCUGUUGUCGGUAAUGUCGCAACUCGAAACAGCAAUGGAGAAGCAGUUCAGGGAGAGAGAGAAGAUGCGGUACGGUGGUAAAUUGUUUGCGGAAGAUAUCCGUAACGGGAUUCGUGAGCUUAUUAAUACGGUUGGAGAAGGGAAUCGGUUUUCGUCGUAUGAGAUCCAGUCAUCUGGGGUUGUCAAGGUUUUAAUUGCCGUCCUGGGAGUGCACCUGGAAGAUCAACAUUCCAUGGAUCAACGUAACCAUCGGAUUGAGCUCUGGAAAUCUGUUUUUCAUCAAGCAGAAACUGCUUCGCGGUUUUCCAGACCUCCUUCAGAAAUUCUGGUCAAAACUCUUGUUUCCGCUCUGGAAUAUACAGAGAAGUUUUCCAUCUCAUCCUUUGACCAGAACUCCAUUAGCAGUGGCUUUCAGAUAUUGACCCGUCCUUUGAACGUUAAAUUGGAAAGUCGCGGUGACAGUCAACAGUUGCUGGACAGAACGGGUCGGAAAAUCCGUAUUGAACCACUGGUAACCGUCAGGGAACUGGAAGCGUACUUGUGGAAAAAACUUUUUAAGAACUGGUACGAUUAUGAACGGUCGGAAAUGGCGUUCAUAAAAAAAGUUAAUAGUCUUGGAUCUCAUGGCCGCUUGCCGUUUCCGUAUGUUUUUGAUUUUGAUGAAAGCGGGAUUUUGUACUGGAUUGGGACAAAUGCAAAGACGGUUAAAGAAUGGAUCAAUCCUGCUACCUUUGGUCUUGUGGUUGCUUUUUCGAGUGAUGGUAAAACAAUUCCCUGCGGAAACGUCAGUGACUUUUUAAAUCGAUCUGCGUUACCGUCAUACAUUCGAACGAGUGAAUCGAAAGAUGUAUGGUUGGGUGUGGAUUUGGGCCUUUGGGUCGAACCUACUCAUUACUCCUUACGACAUGGUCGCGGAAGUGGAGCCGUGCGCUCAUGGAUAUUUCAGGCAUCUCGUGAUGGGAUAUCAUGGGUUGCUUUGAAAUCUCACAUCAAUGAUGCUACGCUGUCGGGCUCUGGAUCGACCCAUACUUGGCGGUUGGAUGACGGUAGCGAAGGCACAUCAUACAGAUACUAUCGGAUUCAGAUGACAGGAGAAAACUCGGAGUUUGAAAAUUGCCUGUGUAUUAGUGGUUUCGAAGUGUAUGGAACAGUCACCGGCGUGUGUGACGAUCUUGGAAAAGGAUUUAGAGAACGCCUCGCACGACUUAGUCGGCAUGACACACAGUCUUCGUCUGAUGGAUUUUCGGAAUCUCGGUCUCGUGUGCGAAGAGGUCGCGACUGGAUAUGGGGCACUCAAGACGGAGAUCCGCCAGGGUUUGGGACCAUUGUAGCUAGACAUUCCGAUGAUUGGGUCGACGUCCUAUGGGAUCAUGGUGAAGGCCAUACAUAUCGAAUGGGCGCUGAUGGGAAAUUUGAUCUACAUAUCCUGACGGUCAGGGAUGUGGGUGCUUUGUCCAGUUUAUUUCCCCAGUUCGCUCGAUCGAUUUCGUCUCCCUUAUCGGCUACCGGCUACUCUUUCCCGAUCAGCCAUGCAAAUCGUAUGGCUAUUGCAGCAGAAAGCAGUCGAAAUAUGCGAACAACACACAGCCGUACAACCAGCUCGACGUUGAGUUUGCCGGAAACUUCGCUGGGAUUUUCCCUCAGUAAUCUGCCAGCCGUGAAUGUUACGGAACAGGCAGCAGUAUCUGCUGAUGAGCUUCACCGAGCAACCGAUAUGAUGCAGACUUACAUUGCUCGCGCUGAACCGGUGUCGCAUCUUAACUCUUUGGCAUCCAUCGUUAGUGGACAUCGUUGGCGGUUGGGAUCAGAUACGGUUCGCGAUUCACCAGAGCCGACAUCGUUUUCGGCGCUAUCCUUCCCCCCUGAAAUUUCGAGAUCUCCGGAGAUGAGCGAGGACACGCUGGCCGAACUAGCCGAUUUGCGUCCUUUCUCUCAAGCUGCUGAGCGACGCCGACCCGUUCGCGUUAGUUCCCGCUUUGAUCCGCGAACAGCCAGUUCUAACGAUCAGACAGCUUCGGCGGGCAGUUUGUCUUCUUUGAAUGACGUAGCCGACCAUACAUCCAGCGUUCUGAACCAGUUGAGUUUCAGCGUGCCCAAUUUAUCCAUGCCAUCAUUUGGGCCCGUAACCGACGAUCAUCUAAAAGCCAUGGGACCGACGAGAGAAGGCCGUGCCAUGUCCACAAAUGCUGCCGAUACGUCUCGGAGUCUGCUCAGUUCCUUGUUGUCCGCCGACGGAAGUGAUGGUCCUUUGGCUGCUGCUCAGAGCUUUCCUACGCUAACUUCCCAGGACCGUUCAUCGGACGGGAUUCGCCUCGCACUUACUGCAUCACGAACGCGUGCUCUGCUGCGUAGCAUGCGGUCCGUGUCACGCGAUAGCAGUGAUCUGUUUCGUUUGAUGAGCCAUACUCGUGGUGAAACUAUGGAUCUACAAGAUGCUUUGGAUCUUGUUUCUCAAGACGACGAUACUCAGGAAAACGAAGAAGGAAGUGGUUUUGUCUCUCUAGCUGAAUUCGCUAUGCGGACUCUUCAAGGGCGAGCGGAUCGCGAUGAUGAUGGAACGGACGAUCCUUCUUCGGAAGAAGAAGUAGUUGAACACCAACGCUGUCGGAGCAACUGGAAUGAUGACUUCAUUCUUAAGCGCCAGUUCUCGUCCCUUAUUCCAAAUUUUGACCCUCGUCCCGGCAGAAGCAACAUUAGCCAAACAACCGAACUGGAUUUACGUUUGUCAGGUCGAGGAGAAUCUCAAGCUGUUGUUGAUACGAAAUCGAACGAAACCCCAAAUGUGACUAUGACAUUCCGGUUAACAUGUAAUGGAGAAACGUUUGAAACCACGCCAAGUGAUCCAAAUGACACCGUUAUUGGAGUUCUUCAAAAGUUACAAGCUGAUAGUGGCGGAAAGUUGGCUGGUGGAAGAAGGACAUGGGAGAAUUCCAUCGUGCUGGUUUAUGGUGAGAAGGGAUCCAAAAAAUCUAGUGAACUCUGUACGUCGAACCGUGGAUCACCUGUGCCGCUGGCCGCUUCUGAUCCUGCAUUUUGUUCGGAUACACUCAUUCUCUUGAGAAUCCUGUUUGACAUUGCAUCUCAGCCGCGAAAAGAUUGCGAUUCGCAUAUGGAGCCACCUCCAGUAGGGUUUUCCGCUGAUCACACAGCUUUUAUCAGCCAAAAGCUAACCGGAAAAAUGAUGGCGCAGUUAAAUGAUGUGGUUGCUGUCGCGUCUAAUACGCUGCCAUCUUGGUGUGAUCUCUUGGCCACUGAAUUUCCCAUGUUUUUUCCGUUUGAAAAUCGCCGGAUUUACUUUACAGCCACGGCUUUUGGAACAGAACGAUCAAUAAUAUGGUUGCAAAACCAACGAGAGCUGGGCAGCGAAGCUACCCGGUUGGCUCGUUUGGAAGGUUUGUUGCAUGAUUUUCGUAUUGGACGACAACGCCAUGUCCGUGUCCGUGUUUCGCGACAGCAUAUUCUGGAUUGGGCUAUGACGGUAAUGAUGUCCCAGGCUGGUUCGAAAUCGGUGUUGGAGGUCGAAUUCGAAAACGAAGAAGGAACAGGGUUGGGUCCAACCCUGGAAUUUUAUGCCUUGGUGGCAGGUGAAUUGCAGCGCAAAGAUUUGGGAAUGUGGAUUUGCGAUGAUGAUCAUAUUGGAAACAACACCGACGCUCUGGAUCUGGGUGCAGGAAGUAAGCCAGCCGGGUAUUACGUUCGAUCUACGGGUGGGCUCUUUCCGGCACCAUACCCUGCUGAGCACCCAGCGUUGGGAAACGUGAAAAAUUUAUUCCGUGUAUUGGGCUUGAUUGUCGGGAAGGCACUGAUGGAUAACCGUCUCAUUGACUUGCCAUUUUCCAACGCUUUUCUAAAACUCCUGUGUGAGCAUGGACGAAGGUCUCGUAGCUCCUCGGCGAACGAUGCGAUACCGCUAAACAAUGCUGAAUCGAAAGAAUGUUUUGCAUACGGAUUGCAAAAUGAACCAGCACGGCGAACCAAGCGACAACAGCGCAGAUCGAAAAAGUCUUCAAUGCGCGCUACGAAUCACAUGGAUUUACCGGGCUGGUAUGAGAAUGUUUUAGCAUUGGACCAUCUGGAGGAAGUAGACCCUCAUCGCGGACGUUUUAUUCGGAGCUUAUUGGCUUUAAUUCGGCGAAAGCAAAUGAUUGAGGAUGAUGAAAUGUUAGGAGAGGAUCAUAAACGAGAGAAAUUGAAAACAUUAGCUUGUGAACUGCAUACCGCCAAUGGAGUCGAGCAUGUCCGCUUGGAAGAUUUGGGGUUGACGUUUGAAUUCAGUCCGUCUUCUCGUGUUUUCAAAUACAUGUCCUGUGAUUUGAUUUCGGACGGUGAUACGGUUCCGGUGACUAUCGACAAUGUGAAAUAUUAUGUGGAUUUAACGCUGGAUUUCUGUCUCAAUUCUGGAAUUCGCGCACAAAUGGACGCAUUCAAAGAGGGUAUUGAGCAAGUUGUUCCUUUGGAUAAAUUACGUCUCUUCAAAGCGGAAGAACUGCAGCUGAUAAUGUGUGGUGAUCAAGCGCCAUCUUGGACAAGAAACGACAUUCUGACCUUUACAGAACCAAAGCUUGGGUACACUCUUGAAAGCGCUGCAUUCUUGCGGUUUGUGAAUGUAAUGGAAUCGUUGACGAAAGACGAGAGAAAAGCAUUUGUACAGUUCGUCACUGGGUGCUCUAGCCUGCCACCCGGCGGUCUGGCCAAUCUGCAUCCUAGGCUGACAAUCGUCAGAAAAGUUACGAAGGAAGUCGACGAAGGUUUUCCGUCCGUUAACACGUGCGUCCAUUAUCUCAAAUUGCCAGAAUACUCAUCUGAACAGAUUUUGUAUCAGCGACUUAUGGCUGCUACCAAAGAAAGGGGAUUUCAUUUUAAUUGAAUUGAAGUACAUGUAUGUAUAUGCGGUUUCCUUAUGCAAAUGAUGAUGAUGUUUGUAUUCGGCAGGGUUGUGAAAUAGCACAUGCUUGUAUUAAUGGUACAUAUUAACGUAACUCUGAGGAAGUUUUCCUGUGUUUUAUUCUAUUGUUCUUUAGUUAUCUAAUGAAGAAAAAAGAUAGGAGUUUUAUUACCCAAA